GCCGACGCUUUUACUGGCCCAAGACGUGCUGACAUCAUGAUAAUGCCAACGCGACCAUUGUGCGUCCCUUGUCUGCUCUCGGCAUUACGCAGUUCCCUUCGUGGCGCAGCCCGUCCGCUGGAUGACAGAAAAGUGCUGGGCGAGGCCAUGAUCACCCACGACUCUUCCCACAGCAAACAUCGUUUGCGAAACGAUUAUUUCUUCGCUCUCUCGCCGAGUGUCUGCGACAGUGUAACUUUGUUCAUCGUCCUGAUCCUAGCCAUCGAAGAUCGCAUACAGUGUUGGAAUGGCACCCGUCAUUGCAGAGACGGCCGCGGGCCCAUGGAAACGAGAGCUUCUGAAGCGCCAGACGUGCUACACAACGUAUUAUGGAGGCGUGCGGUGUUAUAACAGCAGCUGGUACAACUGGGGUCGAUGGGUCCUCCUCGGUGUGAUCAUCUUGCUGUUCAUCCUCACUCUGUUCUGUCUAUCAUGGACCUCAAGACGUAGACGCGCACGAGGCAGAAGGCCAAUGUACGGCACCGGCUGGAUGUCGCAAGGUCCCCUUGCUCCUCCGCCUUAUCAACCUCCUCCGCCUGCGCCUGCGUACACCCCAUACCCGCAGAACGAUAACUACGGACCAACACCGCCGAAACCUACGUACGGCGGCAAUCAAUCAUAUCCAAUGAAUGAUUACGGCAACACAAACACAUAUGCGCCACCAGCAGGUCCGCCACCUGGCCAGUACAGAUAAGGGAAUGGCUUCGCACGGUAGGCUCAGACCUGACCGCGGAAGCGAUGGAGGAUCUUACGCGUUCUCUGCAUCCUGGCCUCAGUAGGGUUUAGUCCUCACACGGGAAAGAAGACAAAUGACCAGCGAAGCGCUAUUUUUCGUGUGUCGGGAACAGCGAAUGAACUUCCAACUGUCUCGGCUCCCCUGCAUAUCGCUGCCUGAAGCUAGGUGUACAUGCUCGCACUACAGUCUUUGAGAGCUAUUUGAAGCUAGCGGAUUUGUUUGUAAACUUGGAGAAUUAACAUUCGCCGCUCUCCCGCGACGUAGAUGCGUUGCGAAUGAACAGCACCGGCGCGAGGAAGCCGCCUAUCUUUCUGUUGAUAAAGUGUAAUUUAACAAUUCGGCAUGCGGUCCGGUGAGUACGUCAAACGUGCCGGGCAAGAUUUAAAAUCAAGCAGCUUGUGUUUGUGAAAGA